AUGUCUAAGCAACUCGACAAAAGGCACUUCUGGGGAGCUUUUCUUCCAGACCGAGAUUCCAAGCAACCCCUGUACCCCAAUGAUCAAGGCGUGAGACCAUGGCUAGUGGUCUUGGGGUCCUUUUGCGUCUUGGGCGCGACCUUUGGCUACGUAAACACUUUUGGAGUGUUUUUGGCCUACUACAAGAACCACCAACUGGCUUCGAGUAGCAUUUCAGCUAUUAAUUGGAUUGGGUCCAUACAGCUGUUCUGCAUGUAUUUCUUCGCCCCGUUGGUAGCUAUUUUCUUUACUCAGGGUAUAUGUCAAGGGGUCGGCCUGGGGUUGAUAUUCCUUCCCAGUCAAGCAAUCAUCAGCCAUUGGUUCCAAAAACGGAGAUCCCUUGCAUUAGGACUGUCUGCAUUGGGCUCUUCCAUUGGUGGGGUUAUAUUUCCAGUCAUAAUGCGUCGGCUUCUCACUUCAUCAACGUUCGAAACCACUGUACAAGUAAUCGGUGCGUGCACUACGAUUUGCUUAAUUGUCGCAAACAUCACUCUUGUCACCAAUCAGCCGCCCGCAGAAUGGCACCAGGUGCAUAUGAUGGAUCAUGAGGCCAUCAAGCUUCGCCCUUUCGUCUUGUUCACUAUAGGAUCUACAUUGGUCAUGUGGGGACUUUAUGUGCCAAUCUUCUACUUAGAGGCGUUCGCUCAGUCGUACCAUCUCUCGUCAGACAUCUCUUACUAUAGUUUGUCAAUACUUAACGGCGCCAGUUUAUUUGGACGGCUUAUUCCCAACCUUUUGGGCGAUUAG